UUAGCAAACUGCAUCACCCAAACGCGCAAGACAAACCCUCUCUGCUGCCAAAACUAAAAUUAGGGUUUCCCAACCCUAGGGUUUACUCCCCCAAAUCAAAACCCAAACAACCUCGACUCGAAGCCAAAGGGAACAAUCAUUGAUUGGUGAAAAGAAGAGAGGACCGCGAUGACGGGGAAAGCCAAGCCCAAGAAGCACACGGCCAAGGAGAUCGCGGCGAAGGUGGACGCCGCCACCACCAACCGCGGCGGCGGCAAGGCUGGCCUGGCGGACCGCUCCGGCGUGGAGAAAGGGGGCCACGCGAAGUACGAGUGCCCCCACUGCAAGGUAACUGCACCCGAUGUUAAGUCGAUGCAGAUUCACCACGACGCGCGCCACCCCAAGAUCCCCUUCGAGGAGGACAAGAUCGUCAACCUUCACGCCUCUCACGUGCCAGAGUCCUCCAAGCCGCGCCCCGGCGUUCGCGGAAGCCUCAAGAAGUGAUUCCAAUCAGAUCCUAUCAUCAUGGUCCCUUCAUUCAUAGUUCUCUGUUUUUUCUUUUACUUUUUUUUUUUCUUUGUCCAAGUUGAUGUUUUUUUAGGGUGGUGUUGAGUAAUCGGGAUGUGGGUAUGUUCUUGAUUUCGGGGAAGAAGGGUUAUGAUAUGAUGCAUCUUAGGUGUGAAUCUGAAGAUGCUGUGUAUGGAGGGACGGAGAAGGGCUAUUUUGGUCUGAUGAGAUUGAUUUUGUAGUUGAUUGAGCCCUUCUUUUUAAGGAUGGGAUGUAUAUUGUUCCCUAUAAUGUUGUUGACCUACUACUACUUACAACCUUGUUGUGUGAACUCAUAAGAUAAA